UCACCUGAACGCUGGGUGCACGGUGACGUCAUGCGCGAGGGGCGGGACUUAUAUAAGAUCUCCCAAACAGUUACACGCAGGAGCCAGCCCAGAGCGACGCCGGAUACAAGACAGGCACCAAGCGGGAUCGAACGAACAAAGCGCAACUUUUCGUCCCGGUUGAACCUGGACUUUAACUGAGAAUGUCUUUGGGUGACCAGCAGUGGUAUCCCACCAGCGUGCAGGUAACAGUGCUCAAAGCCCGAAACCUGCGGAUCAAGGGCAAAAAUGGAACGAACGACGCUUAUGCCAUCAUGCAGGUGGGCAAGGACAAGUUUUCCACGUCCGUAGCGGAGAAAUGCGUAUCGCCCGAAUGGAAGGAAGAGGCGACGUUCGAUCUGCCGCUCUUCCAUCAGGGGAACGCGGAGCGAUGCACGCUUUACAUCAUCGCGAUGCACCGAGCCCUGGUGGGACUGGACAAGUUUUUGGGACAGGCUGUCAUCAACUUAGUGGACCUCCACGCCAACAGAUCACGCCAAAAGACCGAUUGGUACAAGCUGGUGGAUAAGAAUGGGAAACAAGAGAAGGACCGAGGGGAAGUUCAUUUGGACAUUCAGUUCAUGAGGAAUAACCUGUCGGCCAGCAUGUUUGACCUCUCCAUGACAGACAAGCCUCGCUCUGGCAUCUCCAAGCUCAAGGAUAAAAUUCGUGGUAAGAAGAAAGACGGCCUGUCGGAUUCUGCCUCUGCGAUCGUGCCCUCCUCAGUGGGAACCGACAGUGAAGGAGAAGGAGAGGGUGCUUCAGACACUCCUAAGAAGAAAUCGAAACUGAAAUCCUUUUUUGGACCAAAGACAAACCUCCAAAGGAAUGUGUCCCAGUCCAUGUCAACCUUGGGCACCCUGCCUGAGAAGAACAGUUCACUCAGCAGCAGCAGAUCGUCCGGCCUUAAUGUGGACUCUCCUGAUGUGAAAAAGAGGUUUAAAAUUCUGGGACACAAGCGCACUGACAGCUCAGAUAGCAAAGCGUCUCUUGGCCCCUUUUCUCUUCUGAGCCGCUCUAAACAAAACAUCCCGGAGCAGAAUAACCUGUGUAUCAACGGCAACCAUGUUUAUGCUGAGGAACAAGAACCGAAAGCUGCUUUUGGCUCCACACUCAGUCUGAACAGCUCAGGAAAGGGUUCAGUUGAGGAUGUUCGUAAACACCAUCAAAGAAAUGCUUCCGACAUGUCCAUCGACUCAAUUAAAGGGCUGAGCAUCCCCUCAUACAAGCCUGAAGUGCUAGACAAAACUCCUCUUGCCUCACAGAGCCCUCUAGAGGACAGGAGCCUCAGUCAAGUAGAGGCGGUGGAGAAGGAGAAGGGUAGGAAACCCGGAGGAAGAAGCCUUCAAGAGAUGCUGGACCGACAGGAAGAAAAAGAGUCGAUGAAGCAGCAAGAACUAGAGAGAAAACAAGAGGAAGAGAGGAAAAGCAGACUUGAAGAGCAGGAGAAGAAGCGCAAGGAAGAGGAAGAGCUGCAGAAGAAAGGCAGCGAGGAGGAGACGCAGCGGGCCGAGGAGCAGCGGCACCACGAGGAAUCCAGAGUAAGCGAACGCCUUUCCUCUCUCUUUGGCAUCGGAAGGAAGAAGGAGGAGAAGAGAGAGGAAGCAAAGAAUGAACCCAAACGUCUGGAUGUGCGCUCCUCCAUAAACCCGUUUGAAGACAUUCCCCUCUCCCCGGAUAACCCAGCCUCAUUCCCAGAAGAGAGAUCCACGGACCCACGGAGGGGCGCUAGGACCACCCCAGCGCCAACAGCUAUUGCUCUCCCCAGUCGCACAGCGAAAGUGUCUGCCGUCAAGCCGAGGCCUCACCCAGUGAAACCCAUGAACACCACAGAGAGCCAGUCUUCCAGUGUUCUCGCUGUGGGGAAAGACCCAAAGUCUAUCACCAUCAAGGAAAUGGCUGAGAAGUCAAAGAUUGGAGAGAGUGGUCCGUUCACCCAGCUCACACAGGAGGAACUGAUCACGCUGGUGGUAAAGCAACAGGCUGAACUAUCCAGAAAAGAUGCCAGGAUCGUGGAGUUGGAGGAAUACAUUGAUAACCUGCUAGUUCGCGUCAUGGAGGAACAACCGGCCAUCCUGCUUUCACUUCAUUCCAAGUGUUAGGGUUUGAUCAGAACAUUUGCCCUGAUCAUAACACUCAGACACUUUAAUAUUGUGGGAUUUGCCUGCUAUGCACAGAAGGAUUUUGGAUUUCAGGCUGAAUGUAAUAUCACAACUCAUAAUCAGUUUAUUUGCUUUAAUAUUUAAUGCACCACUUCACAUUCUGAUUUCACCACCACUAUCUUACAAAUAACUUCUUUUUACUAUGUGGAUGUUUGAUCGUAUAUCAGGUCCAACUAUUCCAGAAUUCUGCAGUUUGUUAUUGUUUGGUGUUUUUUUUUCUUUUCUGAUUGGAUCAUGGUACGAUCUCCCUCCAAAAAGCUACCCAACAACAAACACAUCCUAUUUAUUGAGCAUAUCAUUGUCUUUCUGUGCACCUUUCCGUUUAGGCAAAGAGAGGGCUUCUUAAUGCAUUAUUUAUUGAAGUCUUAAGUUUGUAUUUGAAUAUUUUCCUUCUCUCUGAAGUGCUUUGUUUCGAUCUUGACUACUGCGUUCAUUAAUUCCUUCCUUCAACGCUUCAUUGCUGUUGAUGCGGCCUUAUGUCUGUUGGGGCUCAAAUCAAGGGCAGACAUUUACACUAUACGCACUUUUUACCUGAACAGGGUGUUUCAUUUAUGAAGGAUAGUGUUUUUUUUUAUAUUAAGUAGUUAUCUGAAAUACCCUAUAGAAUUACCUCUGUAGAAAUGCCUUAAUAAAGAAACAUUUUUCUGUA